UGAUAACAUUUCAGUGUUAGUUCCACGUGCUUUUUACGUUUUGUUUUUAUUUUAUUGUGCUCACGAACUAUAACAUCUUGAUUAUUCGUUGUCGAGGAGUAUCAUUCAACUGUGAACCGUUUUAUAUUUGUUAUUUAACUUCUUCUUUAUUUGUCAUCUUUUUGAAUUCAUGCUUUUAGUUGUACAAUGAGAUUUAAUUACAAGUUCUCCAACAUACUCGGAACGAUCUAUCGUAAAGGAAAUUUGGUUUUCACACCCGAUGGAAAUUCUGUCAUCAGUCCUGUGGGCAAUCGGAUAUCGAUUUAUGAUUUGAAAAAUAAUACCUCAAAUACACUUCCAGUGGAAAGUACUCAUAAUUAUGAACAAAUAUCUUUGUCACCAGAUGGAACCCUACUGUUUGCUGUGAAUGAAGUCGGAGAAGCACAUCUAAUCAGUUUAAUAAGUAAUAGAGUCUUACAUAAGUAUCGUUUCAAUGAAAAAGUACUUCAUCUGAGCUUUAGUCCUGAUGGAAAACACAUUGCAGCUUGUAAACUCAACAAAAUUUUUAUUUUGCAAACUCCUGGUCAUUUUAUUGGGCAAUUUAAUCAAUUUGCGUUAGAACGAGUUUUUAGUGAUAUUUUAGGAGAUACUACGUAUGUUGCAUGGACUGAUGAUUCUAGUAUUUUUGCUGUAGGUAGUAAAGAUGCUACUGUAAGGUUGUAUACAUUAAAGAAUUAUUCAAACUUUCGACCAUAUUCACUAAUUGGACAUUCUGAUGUUAUUGUUGGUAUAUUUUUUGAACAAAAUUCUUUAGAUCUAAUGACCAUCAGUCGGAAUGGUCAUUUAACUGUCUGGCAAUGUUCACUGGACUUAAAUCAAUUAACUACUAUUGAAUCAACUAAUACAAAACGGUUGAAAUUAAAUGAUGAUGAUGAAGAUGAUAUUGAUUUAUCCAAAGGAGAAGAUAGAGAACGUUAUGUAAUGAGUCAAGAAGAAAAAAAUAAACUAAAAAUAUUAUCUAAAGAUAAGAAAAAUGUAUUGAGUUACAAUAAAUUGUCAAAACAUUUUCUGAACGACCAUAUAAAAGAUGAACAUAACAAUUUGAAAACAACUGCUGCUGAUUAUCAUAAAAAGGUCAAAAUCCUUGUUAUUGGUUUCUCUAAUGGAUCUUUUUUAAUUUUCGAGACUGUUGGAAUAUCUCUCAUUCACUCAUUAAAUAUUUCAGAUACCAGUAUUAGUACAAUAGUAUUAAAUAAUGCAGGUGAUUGGAUUGCAUUAGGCUGUGAAGGACAUGGUCAGUUGUUAGUUUGGGAAUGGCAAAGUGAAACCUAUGUUAUGAAACAACAGGCACAUGGUUCUGAAAUAUCUUGCUUAACUUACUCUGCUGAUUCUGUGUAUAUUGCUACUGGAGGUGAGGAUGGAAAAGUGAAAUUAUGGAAUACUCAAUCAGGAUUUUGCUUUGUUACAUUCUCUGAACAUACAAGUACUGUUACUGAUGUAGUAUUUGGUCCCAACAAAAAAUUUGUCAUAUCUGCAUCUUUGGAUGGUACUGUCCGAGCUUUUGAUUUAAUUAGAUACCGUAAUUUUAAAACAUUUGUAUCACCUCGUCCAGUACAGUUCAGUUGUGUAGCUAUUGACUCAACUGGAGAAUUUAUAGCUGCUGGUGGGCAAGAUGUUUUUGAAGCAUACUUAUGGUCUAUGAAAAUUGGUAAACUUUUAGAGGUAUUGUCAGGACAUGAGGGACCAAUAGUAAGCUUAGCAUUCAGUCCUAUAAUUUCCAGUUCUACAUUGGUAACUGCUAGUUGGGAUAAGACAUUGCGUAUUUGGAAUGCUGUUGAAAAUGGGUCUGAUCAUGAAACUAUUCAACUUUUUGCUGAUGGUUUAUGUGUUGCAUUUCGUCCUGAUGGAAAAGAAGUGGUUGUUGCUACACUGGAUGGUCAAUUAUUGUUUUUUGAUGUUCGUACUUCAACUCAAGUAGCUAGUAUUGAAGGCAGAAAUGAUCUUGGAAGUGGCCGAAAAGAUACCGAUCUUAUCACUGCAAAAAAAAAUCUUCAGUCAAAAGCUUUUAACUCUGUUUGUUAUUCAGCUGAUGGUCAGUUUGUAAUUGCAGGAGGCCAGUCCAAAAAUGUUUGUAUUUAUAAUGUCACUGAGGGCAUUUUAUUGAAAAAAUUUGAAAUUACUCAGAAUCAAUCAUUUGAUGCAGUUCUUGAUGUUAUAAACCGACGUAAAAUGACAGAAUUUGGUAACAUAGACCUAGUUGAAGAACGGGAAACAAGAGAAGGGGGAAAUGUUAGAUUAAAGUUACCCGGAGUACAUAAGGGUGAUUUAGCUGCAAGAACAUUUAAACCUGAAGUUAAUGUUUUUGAUGUCAAAUUUUCUCCUACUGGUCUAUCAUGGACUGCUGCAACAACAGAAGGUGUUUUAGUUUAUUCUCUCAACAGUGGAUUUAUAUUUGAUCCCUUUCUUUUGGAAAUUGGUAUAACGCCAGUGACAACAAGAGAAACUUUGUUCAAGAAAGAGUAUGCAUCAGCUUUGAUGAUGGCUUUACGUCUCAAUGAACCAAAACUCAUUACUGAAAUUUUAGAAGCCAUACCAUCAAAAGAUAUUGAAUUGACAGUGGUAUCAUUACCUAAAAUGUAUGCAGAAAAAAUUUUUAAACAUAUUUCAAUUGUCUUAGGAUCUACUAGGCACAUAGAAUUUUAUAUGCAAUGGGUGACAUCACUUCUAAAUUCUUACCAACCUCAUCAAACUGUAAUUUUAACACUAUAUAAAAAUUUAUCAAAAAAAUAUACAGAUCUGUCUAAGGUUUGUGAUUAUAACAAAUAUACACUUUCGGUUGUUAAGAGAAUAGCCAGUUUGCAACUAAAAGAAUUAAAAGAAGUAAAAACUGAAAUUGAAACAAUGGAAGUCAAUGAAAACAAUGUUAUUUCCAUUUAAUACUGUUAUAUUAAUAACAAUUUUAAUUAGUGUAAA